AUCGGUGAAUUAAGGAGCUGUGAAAGUUUGUCGGUUGUGUUUAUUCUUUUUAUUUAAAAUGAAACGGUUGAAUUUAUAAACUUUGGUAAACGAUUAAUUACUCUUCACCCGGAUCAGUUUAUGACGUAGCCUGGCGUUACUGCUCUGUUGCCACGUUACCAUGGUAACCAGACAAUCAUUGUAAGGUUUUCGUACUUUGUUUAUCUUAAGUGGGCAGCGUGUUGUCAAGUAAAUGUAGUAAUGGAGUUCAUCGGAAGCAGUUAUAAUGGAGGUACAAAAAAUGGCAGGAUGGAUGGAAAAGGAGAGUACACGUUUCCCACAACGACCAAGUAUGAGGGAGAGGUGAAAGAUGGGAUGUUCCACGGCAAAGGAGUAUUACACUUUUCUAAUGGAAGUAAAUAUGAGGCCACCUGGGAAAACGGCAAAGCUAAACAGGGGUCAUUCACCUUCGCCGAUGGUCUGCAGUACCAGGAGAAGGACUGGGACUACUGUGACGGAUACGACAGGCGCUUCUACAGUGAGAGGUGCAACGGACUCAGACCUGCAGGAGAAUCUCAGCUAACUGAUCUGCAUCCCCCACGCGUCAUUCCUGAUGGGUGCUACGAUUGUGGCGACGGUUUCUAUGACCCCAAAACCAGAGUUGUCACUUCUCACACUGGAAGAUUCCGCAGGAAUGCAGAUGACUCGGAACAUGAAUGGAUCGUGCGGACCUGUCGGAAAGCUCGGGAUGAGGACAGUUAUAUGAAAAAUAUGAGUAGCAUAUCGAAACCACAGGAACUGUCUUGAUUUGUUUCGUUUUGUUUCAGAUGUAUAAUUAAUUUUUAAAAAAGAAAACGAAAGUUAUGUUUAUUGAUGUGAUUAUUUACGUUUAAAAAAUCCUCCUUGUAUAUAUAGUAUUUAGCUGCAUUUGUCUUUCUCUCUACACUGUGUUAUUUUUAGACUUUGUUUUAAAUGGAGUCUGUAGUAUAAAUUGAUUAUUCUGUGCUGUUCGUGUCACUUGUGUGGACUGUGCCUCUUCAGCCAUUUUUGUAAAUGAGAAUUGGUUCUCAAUUGAUUUUACCUGGUUAAAUAAAGGUCAAAUAAAUAAAUAAAAAUGUAAAUGUGCUUGAUGUUGA